UUCUAGUCUUUGGCGCGAGGUGUCCACAAUAACAUCGAUCAACGUCAAGUCAACAAAACAGAAGAGAUGAUUGCCGUCUGUUUGCUCCGCCCCUUUCUCUCAGUCUCAUCGAAGUUCCUGGAAUUUUCAAAACACCCUCUGCUUUCUGUUUAAAUUUCUUUCUCGUCCAACGGGAACGCUCACCCAAUCAGUGCUCAAUGCUUGGCCGCCACGGAAAUCCAUCUUUCGCUUUCGAUCUCCACCCCUUAUCCCCUGCUGGAAUAAUGCCAAAUUUGACAUUCAGUUUCAUCCUAUCGCUUCUUCUUGAUGGAAGGGACUUGAAGCUAAGAUUCCUUAAGCAAUUCCCUUUUCUGGAAUUUGCUAUCUCAAGCUUUGUAUUUAUGCCUCUUCAUUCCCCUAAUUCCCAACACUCAAAUCCUUCUUACACUCUCAUCUUGUUUUUACUUAGUGGAAGCUCUGAGCUAUAUAGGAAUAACGGCAACAGUAUGCGUCGCGGCGGUAGCGGUGGAAGUGAUCAAUACCGACGUGGUGAUGAUGGCGGCCGCGGAGGAGGAAGAAAUGGGCCUCGUGGUGGUGGGAGUGUUUACAACCAACCGCCGGUUCGUCAAGCCUGGACCGGAGGCAGUGGUGGAAAUGAUCGGAAUCAGCAGAGCCACGGCGGAGGAAGAAAUGCACCAGGUUGGGGUGGUUCUUUCAACAACUCACCUGCCCAACCUCAGUCUAAUCGUCAGACUAAGGCCCGUGUUGAGGCCAAUAUGCAAUCACUGAGAAUUACUGAGCAGCAGAUCCGAUCUUCCCCUUCCCCUUCAGAAACAACUGUGAAACAGCUUAAACCAGUUAACCGACCAGAUAGGGGAACUAUUGCUGUCAAGCCAAUCAAGCUGCUUGCUAAUCACUUCCGAGUAAAAUAUAAUCCUCGUACCACCAUAAUGCACUAUGAUGUGGAUAUCAAGCAAUUAGGCCCUGAUGGUCAGCCCCUAAAGAAGUUGAUACCAAAACCUAAGUUGUACUUGAUUAGGGACCAGCUGUUUGAAGAUUAUCCUGAUAUGUUUCCCAUAGAUAAGAUUGUUUAUGAUGGUGAGAGGAACAUUUUCAGUGCCAUUCAACUGCCUACUGGAAAAUUCAAGGUUGUGUUGUCUGAUGGGGAAAACUCCAAAACUCGCAUUUAUAUGUUCUCCAUCAAGCUGGUUAGAGAUUGCUUGAUGAGGAGCCUCUUGCAAGCACCUCGGAAUAUGCUUCAGGGAUUGGAUUUGGUUAUGAAAGACAACCCUUUUAGGCAUAGGAUCUCUAUAGGUAGAAGCUUUUACUCAACCGAGUAUAGAGCUAGUGAUGAUCUCAGGUGUGGGGCUGCAGCAUACAGAGGCUUCAAACAGAGUCUAAAGCUUACCUCACAAGGUCCUGCCUUGAGCGUGGACUACUCGGUUAUGGCAUUUCAUAAGCCGCAACCAGUGUUGGAAUUUCUCAAUGAACACAUUCCAAACUUCAGUAUAGACCGUUUCGACACCUUCAAGCAGCAGGUGAUUGAUGCAAUAGGAGGCUUGAAAGUGAAUGUCACCCACCGCGUUACCAAACAAAAGUUUACCAUCUCUAGGCUAACUGAUGGUAAAACUCGGGAUCUUUCUUUUGAGCUUCGAGAUCCAGAAGGAAAAAACCCACCUAGGACAGUUUCUGUGGUUGAUUAUUUUAGGGACAGAUAUGGUGUAGAGAUUAAGCACAAGGAUAUCUCAUGCUUGGAUUUAGGGAAAAAUAACAUGUCAAACUUUGUACCAAUAGAAUUCUGUGUAUUGGUUGAGGGACAAAGGUUUCUGAAGGAGAAUUUAGACUUUGAAGCAGGAAGGUUGUUGAAAAGAAUAUCACAGCCUCCACCAGAGCAAAGGAGGGAUGCAAUCCAUGAAAUAAUGCACGCGGAGGGUGGACCUUGCGGAGCUGUCACUCAAAGUUUUGGAAUUGGAAUCGAGAAGAGCAUGACACAUCUUAUGGGUCGGAUACUUCCUGCUCCUGAUUUGAAAUUAGGCGCUUCAGAGAGAGUUCUUGUCAAUGAUAAAGGCCAAUGGGAUCUCGCUGAGAAUUCUUUAGUUGAGGGCAGACCAGUUCUGCGAUGGGCAUUGAUAGAUUUUACAGCCUUUGAAUAUCGUCAUAGGCUAAAAGAGAGAUACUUUGUCAGCAACUUGAAGCAACGAUGCAAGGAGUUAAGAAUCCACCUCGAGGAUCCUCUAAUUCAUCGUCGUACUAACAUGCAGGAGCUCUCCAAUGCCAAGAAGGUUGAAGAUCUCCUUAAAAAUGUGGUUGAGGAUGCAAAUAAAAAAACCCCGGGUAAACUGCAAGUCAUAGUUUGUGUGAUGGGUUUAAAGCAUUAUGGCUAUAAGUAUUUAAAAUGGGUUUCUGAGACAAAGAUUGGAGUAGUUACCCAAUGUUGCUUGUCCAAAAAUGCAAAUGAAGCAAGGCAUCAAUAUCUUGGCCAUCUUUGUAUGAAGCUAAAUGCAAAGCUUGGAGGUAGCAAUGUGGAGCUCAUGGAAAGGCUUCCACAUUUCGAAGGCGAAGACCAUGUUAUGUUUAUUGGAGCUGAUGUCAAUCACCCAAGUGCACACAACUCGACGGGUCCAUCCAUGGCUGCAGUUGUUGCCACGGUUAACUGGCCUGCUGCGAAUCGCUAUGCUGCUCGAGUUUUCCCACAAGAGCAUCGUAAAGAAAAGAUUCUUAGUUUCGGGAGCAUGUGUGCUGAGCUUGUGAAUACUUAUGCUCGACUGAACUAUGUGAAGCCCAAAAAAAUUGUGAUCUUUCGGGAUGGUGUGGGUGAGAGCCAAUUGAGCAUGGUUCUUAAUGAAGAACUAGAUGACUUCAAGAAGGCUAUUUGUGAUGCAAAGUAUCAACCAACAGUGACUUUGGUUGUGGCCCAGAAGAGACACCCCACUCGGAUGUUUCUCCAAAAUAGGAGGGAUGGGGGUGGCUCUAGCAAUGUUCCUCCGGGAACUGUUGUCGACACAGUUGUUGUUCAUCCAUCAGAAUUCGACUUUUAUCUCUACAGCCAUUACGGGAGCAUUGGGACGAGCAAGCCAACACACUACUAUGUUAUCCAUGACGAGAAUCGUUUCACUUCUGAUGACUUGCAGAGGCUCAUUUAUAAUUUGUGCUUCACUUCUGCUCGGUGCACCAAGUCUGUUUCACUCAUUCCGCCAGUUUUCUAUGCAGACCUUGUUGCCUACCGGGGGCGCCUCUUCCAAGAGGUGGUCAGGGAGAUGGAAUCUCCCGUCUCAUCAUCAUCAUCAUCCUCAUCAUCAUCGUCAUCUUCAUCUUCAUCUUCUGCUGCUUCGUUCCAACGAAUGUUCUAUGAUGUUCAUCCAGAUCUCCAAAACAGCAUGUUCUUUAUCUGAUUUAAGGCUCUAAACAGCAGAGCAGGGUUGAGUUUGUACGUGAAUCUAAGUGGUUCGUGUAUUUUGCUUUGUGUCAGCUUUCCUUCAGUCAUCUGAGGCUGCUACAAAUAAAUGUGUGUAUGUGCUAGUGUAAUUAAUGUACUCUUUUGCUGGUCCUAGGGCGUUUUUAAUUUGAAUUAUGGUUUACAAACACUAGAGUUUAAUUUGAUGUAUCUGAUAUGGUAAGCGUCUGUUUGUGUUUGAGUGAUGAAUGAAAAAGCUAGAUUUGUUCCUAUGAAUUGAAA